AACAUAUUUCUCUACACCUUGUAAAAUAAUAAAUACGAAUAUUAGCAAAUAUUUAAUAAUUCAUACAAUUUGCAGUUCCCAUAGGCCAACUAAUAACAAAAGAACUCAAAACUGACUCGGAGUCAAAAGUCCUCUUUUUAGCCUGAGAUGCCUCACAAUCACAAAUAAUAGGUGAACUCUCUUUAGGAUGCCUGUCCACUAAAACAAAGUGGAGCGGAGAAAUGUUCAGGUUACCAAUGAGAAUAUUAUGUAAUGAUAUAAUUAUGUGAUACUUUCCUACUUAUCACUAUCCCACUUCAACCCGCGAGAGGCUCUCUCUCUCUAACAAAUUGGAGCGAGAGAGCCUCUCGCGGGCUCUUAGUCCAAUUGGAUCAGGCGCUUCUAAUACUUACUUGAAUCAAAUACCUAGUUAUCGCUAUCUUACUUCGACUAACAAAUUAGAGCGAGAGGUCAACGUAGGAUAGUGUCUCUAUGGUAAUAUAUCUAUCUAUAAUGCACACUUAUCUCCAAUUCUCUUCAAUGGACAGGUAUUCUUAUAGCUCCACAGUUAUAAAACGUAAAACCAUCGUUAUAUCAUUACACAUUUAAAUCAUUCUGCUGACAGUAAUAACUCGUCUGCAAUUUUGUUGUCAUUGGAAGCUUGAUAAAUUAAGUACCUAGCUAACUAGUUACCUAGAUUCAAGUUGGGUUCUAGAUUUUUUAUUGCAUUUGUGGUUUACUUUUGAGACAUAGUAAAGAUGAAUUUAGUCUCAAUGAUCUUUCUCCUCAAUAUGUGGCCUAUAUCCGCAAUUUCUAUAAUAUUAGACAUUUUAAAAUUCAAAAACAUAGAAAACUGCUUUAUUUUUAAUUGCUACAAUAACUACAACAUUGUUUCUAUUCAGAAGGUCUUUAACGAUAACAAUAUUAAAGUAUCGAGUUUCACAUCAGAUACGAGGCCUAAACAAACUGGAUAUUCUAAAAUUGGGUUCAUUUUGGAUGCAUCCUGCGAAUUCUGGAACACGACUUUUGGAUUGAUCGACGAAACAUAUUUCCGAAGAUCAUACACUUGGUUGAUUAAAACUGAUAAUCUUGUAUCUACUGCAAGCAUUUUGUCAAAAUUCCCAUUUGAGAUUAACUCUGAUGUUAUUCUUAUAACAAAAAGCGCAGAACCUAAUUUGUUUUAUUUGCACGAAGCCUACAAUCAAGGGUUUUACACUAAAGGUUCUUUCCUAGUAACCAAGAUUGGGCUUUGGGACUCAAAACUGUAUUUGAAUCAAAAGAAAAGGACCAAUUUAACGGGGGUAGUUUUGAAAUGCGUUGUAGUUGUGAUCGAUCCCAUAAUAAAUCAAACUUUUGAACACUACUUGGAAAAUACGAGACCAGAGGACUCUAAGGUGGAUUCUUUGCAUAAACUGAAGUUCUUUACAUUAAUAAAAUAUCUGGGGAGCAUAUUCAACUUCAGCUAUGAACUCCGAAGGACGAACUCUUGGGGUUACUUGCGUAAUGGCAGCUUCGACGGUAUGGUGGGCACCCUGCAGCGUCGCGAGGCGGAUAUUGGCGGUACCCCUAUAUUCUACAGGUCGGACAGGGCCCAGUUCAUAGACUACAUCACUUCUACGUGGCAAUCUAGGCCAUGUUUCAUACUUCGCCACCCUAAAUAUCCUGGUGGUUUCUCAACGAUAUACACCCGUCCGCUCACAGACAUAGUGUGGUACUGCAUCAUUGCUACAUUGACUGCGAUUGGAGUCACGCUGGGUGUCAUGCUGAAGCUCAAGGUGUUGAGACAACCGGGGGAUAAUCAGGAUUCCUCGACUUCUAUGGCGUUUAUAUUCAUAUUCAGUGCGGUUAGUCAGCAAGGUUCGACGCUUAACAGGGGAUCUUUAUCAAUUAAGAUCAUUAUAUUCAUUACCUUUAUUCUCUCCCUCACUUUGUAUCAAUACUACAAUGCGACUGUCGUGUCUACUUUACUGAGAGAACCUCCGAAGAGUAUCAGAAGUCUUAAGGAUCUAAUGAACAGCAACCUUGAGGUUGGAGUAGAGGAUGUUCUUUAUAAUAAAGAUUAUUUCAAGCGCACAACAGAUCCACUGGCAUUAAAACUCUACCAUCGGAAGAUAGUAACAAGAAGCCAUUCCAACUUCUUCACUCCUGAUGAAGGCAUGGCGCUGGUCAAACGCGGAGGUUUCGCGUUCCAUGUAGAUAGUGUCACAGGAUAUAAGAUCAUGAGGAGUAGUUUCAGCGAGCGGCAGAUAUGCGAUGCUCAUGAGAUCCAGCUGUAUCCUCCGCAAACCAUGGCAGCGGCGUUGACGAAGCAUUCGCCUUAUAGAGAACAUGUGGCUAUUGGAAUCCGAAAGAUAUACGAAGCUGGGUUGAUGCACAGACUCAAAUCAAUAUGGGACGAGCCGAAGCCGCCGUGCGUCCACACUCCCGACACUAGCAUCUUCAACGUCACACUGAGGGAGUUUUCGAGCGCCCUCAUUUUACUGGGGUUUGGUGUUGCACUGGCUGUGAUUAUUCUGAUGGCGGAAAUCGCCAUAUAUGAAUAUAAUAAACGCUAUUGAGUUUCCAGUUUCGACACUAAACAUGCUACGAUUUUUCGUAUUCUAAAGUUGAUCGUACAUCAAUCGACACCAUUCCAAAUGCAACGCAUUUUUAGGGUCCCUUAUUCCUACUCUAAGGGUGCCAACGGGACAGUUACUAAGCCUCCGCUAUCCGU